AGGCGUUCUCAAUCCCGCCCCCGGCUACGGAGGCCGGUAUGGGAGGAGGCAUACUUCCACUUCCAGGGGACGGGUAAGAUCCGGAUCUCGUUUGCCUUUCUUCCAGUACCAGCCGUUUCCUCUCAGAGAAACUAUGAGCAAACGGAACCAGGUGUCAUAUGUGCGUCCGCCGGAGCCCACGUUCCUGGCCCGCUUUAAGCAGAAGGUGGGCUAUAAGGAAGGGCCUACUGUAGAAACCAAGAAAAUUCAGCCUCAGAUCCCUGAGGGGAAUAGUGACCAGAGUGACAAUGAAGAUGAGCAGCCACAAGUUGUGGUGCUGAAAAAAGGUGAUUUAUCAGCAGAAGAAGUAAUGAAAAUUAAGCAGCAGAUAAAAUCUUCCAAACAAGAUGAAGAACCAGCUCCAUCUGAUGGAAAAAUUAUGUUCAGAAAACCAGCCAAGAGAUCCUCUGAUGAGAAGUAUAUGGGUUUGACAGCAAACUCCAGAAAGAAGAAAAAAGAUGAAGAAAAGAAAAAGGAGGACUUGGUUCCAAAAAAUGUUCAAAAGCAAAUAAAAAAUAGUAGUCUGCUUUCUUUUGAUGAUGCAGAGGAAGAAGAUUAAUAUUUGUAAAUAUUAUGAACAUUUGUAUUUUCUCCUUUGCAGCCAUUUGGGAAUGUUUCUUAAGCAUUUUAUUUUGGCCUCUUCAUUUUUUUAAAGAAUGGCAUAUGUUAGUUAUGUGGAGUAUGUUUGAACUCUAUUUAAUGUAAUUGAAAUAUUUCAACAAAAAUAAUAGCAAUUAUUAGAUCAGGAACCCAUGGCAUAUGUCUGUACCUAACACCACUCUUCCUGCUUUUGUAAGAUUUCUAACAUAAAAUUUAUGACCAUUUAGGUAAAAGACAGGAAGUAUAUGUAUUCAUUUAAGACUAUUGAUUAGAGCUAGAGACAAGGAUCUUAUGUGAUUUGCUAAAUGACCUUGAAGAACCAUGAGGAACUUGCCUUGUUUUCCCCAUCUAUAAUUUAUGCAUUGAUUUAUUUUAACACCUUGAAUCUCUCCAAAUGAAUAUUAAUGCAAAAUACUUUUUUUACUUUAUUGCUUGCAACUUCCCUCAAACGUUAAAACACUUUGCUUAAUGUAAGUAUUUAAAGCCUAUGCUUUGUUUUUUGAGACUUUUUGCCAUUUUUGUUAUAAUCCCCCUUUCAACCUUAGAAAGUUCCACAUAAGUUUGUGAAUGAUUUACUCCUUUAUGGCAUAUAUAUUAAAAAAAAAGAUUUGAGAUUUAGGGUGCAUUUCAACAACAACAAAAAAAUUAGGUGGAUUCUCAACCCCAUAUAACUAUCUAAUUUUAUUCUAAUUAAAACACAUCCAAGAAUUUAUGGCAGGUUGGCCCAGACUCUCUUGGUGUGUGAAAACAUCCUGAAUCUAUUUUCUUAUUUUGCAGCAAGAGAAGUAAAAUUAAUGGAGAAUGUAAAGCUUUGCAAAAGAGCAGAUUGGAAUUUGUCUUGUUGCAGCUGUUUGAGGUUUAACUGUUACUUUUUCAAUGUAGCUCACAAGCAGAAAAUAAAAGCAGAAAACGUAAAUAAAUAAAACUGAUCCUUAUAUGUGUUUAUACAUGAACCUAAAGCCAAGAUCCAUAAAGACAAAAUGAGGAUUCUGAUGUGAUUCUGAUUUUGCCCACCUAAGCCAGUGGUUAAUUCUUUUAAAAUGACUUGCUUCUUUUUUUCUCUACUCUACUCCAUCAGCACUUUAGAUUCCAGCAGUGAUUCUCAAACGUUUUAGUGUUCUUUACUUCCUUAAAAAUUAUUGAGGACCUCCAAAGAGCUUUUGUUUGUUUGGGUUAUACCUAAUGAUAUUUAUUGUAUUUGAAAUGAAAACAGCUUAGUAUUAUUAUUAAAAUUGUUUUGACCUCAAGGACCCCCUGAAAGUGUCUGUGGACCAUACUUUGAGAAAUGGUGGUUUACAGUAAUUGGUUAUGGAUGGGAAUGUUCUUUUACUUUGCAGUAAAGCUUUUGGCUCUGUGACUAGUCUUCUGCCUAAAAUAUAGCAGAGAGAGAGCUUGGGGAAUAGGCUAAAAGCUGAACAAGAUGGCAGCAAAUUUCUCAAGGCAAGAAAUAAAAAUUUAAUUAAAUUUUAAUUUUCAUUCAGUGGUAUUACUACCUGUUACAUAGGAUUGUCAGUUAUAUCCUGGAAAUUUGGGCCAACUCAUUCGAGCCAAACUUAUGAAAAUUGCCAAAGGGCUUUUAAUUUCCAUAUAGAGUUUGCCAGUCCUUAGGGGUUUUAGACUUACUCAAAAGCACUAUGCCUACAGUCCUGGAUCUUCCUUGCUAUCCUUUACCCCUACAUUGGUUUAGAAGGUUAUUGUUAAUAAUAAUGAUUAUUCACGAUUGGUUCAUGGUCUACAUAAACUUGCCCUGUAAAUUAAGCUUAGGUAAUAUCUAUCAUUAUUACCAGUUCCCUAGAUUUUCACCAGCUCCCCAUUACUUUUGAAUUGUCAGAAUGAAACAUCUGAUGAUGGAAAAGUUAAGUGGCUUGAAAAAAAUGGUAGCCAGCAUUGUGGGAAACUUUUCUUUUUCAUUUUAAUUAUAAUUCUUCAUUGCUCAGAGUCAUCUUUUAGUUCUAAUAUAAUUAUUUCAGGCUGUGGGGCUGAGAUAAUUAUUAAAAUUUGUAUGCGAAAGGCUUUGGAGUUGAGCUGAUAAUAGGUUUGAAAAAAGUGCAUGCAAAAAAUUUGUCAGCAUUGAAAUAAUAAUGAUUUUUUAAAAAUCCCUGUGGAAUUCGCCAUCUCUUUAAGAAACUGGAGAAAAAGGUAAGUGGAAAGGUUUCAGGUGCAAAUUGGUACAAAAAUCUAGAAGAAGACACUUUAAUUUUGCUUCCCAAGUAUUGGUGUGAGCUGGGGUGGGGAAGGUUUCUUCAACUUCCCACCCUGACUGCUGAAAAUGUGGGAAGAGCUAUUUGCUGGUCUAAGCAGAUGUUGUGUACCAAAGCUAGAGUGGGACUUGGCAUCUUUAGAUACUUCUAUACUAUGUGACUCUUACGUAAAUCAUUUCUUCUCUCUUAUACUUAAACUUCUUUAUCUGUAAAAUCAGGGUUUUGGACAUGAUGGCCCCUCCCACUUCUAAAUUGUGGUUUUAUGGCGUUCAUCCUUAUGAAUUAGAUCAAAAAUUGUAUUCUCAAUAGGCACUACAUUGAAAUAGAUGAACAUUUUCAAAAUUAUGAUCCGAACCAAAUGACCCUCAUUUUCUUUGGAUUUUUUUUUUACUUUCUAACUGAUUUGAACAUUUUUCUUUAUGAGCAAAGGAAAAAGGGGCCUGAGCAACUUGGUUAUUCAGCACAGAUCCUCAAAAACUAGCAUUUUAAAGAAAAUAGCAUUCAAAGGCUCCCCAGGGCAUUCCUGAAAGAGGUUAGGAAUGUACUUCCUUGGAAACUAUUCAGAAUGUUAUGUGAAGUUCUGCUUAAAAUGAGGGAGGAAAAGAUGCCCUCUUGAGGUUCUUUGCAAUACUAAUAUUUCUUUUUCAAAUGCUGGUUAUUAGUCAUACUUCCUCCCCGGGUAGAAGUUGCUGGACAUGUCUUCAAGGUAGAACAACAAUGUAUUGAUACACUGAAGAAAUAAAUUAGACACUGGAUUGUGGGCGUCUUAAAGCAAAGUUUCAUAGUUGAAAUUAUUUUAUUGGCUGCCAACCACUCUUAGAGUUCAUUUUAAAAUUGAACUUUAUCACAAAUUAUAAAAGUUGCAUGUUGUAUAGAAUGCAUAAUAUAGUGUUUCUACAUUAUAAUUUUAUGAUGCUUUUUAAAUGCUUUGGAAGAGACAUGAGAGUAUAUGCCAUAUAAUUUAAAGAUGCUUUUUAAAGGCCAUUUCAAUUUUUUUUAGCACUAAAAAAUAAGGUAAAAAUUUAAACUGUAGGAAAAGAAAGUUAUUUUUUAUUUUAGGACUUUAAACAAAACGAUAAGUUAGUUAUGGUGCAGAAAUAAAACAAAUGUACAGUUAACUUGAAAACUUAUUGGUAGAGUGUUUCCUCUCUACUCUGUAAUUUAAUAUGAAGCCUUUUGAUCUAUCCUACUUUCUAAUUGAGGUUUUAUUAUAACUUUUUAAAAACCCUAACCUUCUUUCUUAAAAUUGAUAUUAAGUAUCAGUUCCAAGGCAAAGUGGUAGCAAGGACUAGGCAACUGGGGUUAAGUGACUUGUGCCCAGGGUAACACAGCUAAGAAGUGUCUGAGACCAGAUUUGAAGCCAAGGCUUCACAUCUUCAGGUCUGGCUGGCUGUCCACUGAGCCACCUAGCUAUUUCUUGACUGUUUUUUGUUGGUUUUUUUUUUUUAAGUGAGAAACUUAAAAUCUUCUAAUAGCCCGUUUUAAGUUAUUAAAAUAGAAAAUGUAUUGGGGUUUUUUUUCUCUUAUUGGUAAUCCUUGUUUUAGGCAUUUCAUUUAUUUCUAAUUCUGGAACUAGACUUAAUGAAUGCUUUGCUUUUGUCUUAGUUUUAAAUCAAUCCUCAGCUUGUUUUGCAUGUAUAAGUUUUUAAAGUGCUGGGAAAAUUGUUUUAACUUGUCAACAUUUGCAGCAAUUUCUAAAUAAUUUUCAUUUUGUAACCUUUUUGAGAGCUUUCUGGUUUUUCAUAUUGAGAUUAUUCUUAUGCUAUAUUUAUAAGUUACAGUGAAAUCUGUGUCUGAUUUGUGUGUGUGUGUGUGUGUCUUGAUUGUAAAAUCUAUGUUCUGUAAAUGGUAACAGUAAUGAUGUUAUGCUUUUUUAAUUUUAAAAAUACCAAUGACUCAAAA